AUGGCAAUUCUGUGUAUCAAUUCCCAGCAGAGCGAAGAGAGCAGUCAAGUCCGUCAAGUCAGUCAAGUCCGUCAAGUCAGCAAAGUCAGUCAAGUUAGUCAAGUCAGUCAAAUCAGCCAAGUCAGUCAAGUCAGUCAAGUCAGUCAAGUCAGUCAAGUCAGUCAAGUCAGUCAAGUCAGUCAAGUCAGUCAAGUCAGUCAAGUCAGUCAAGUCAGUCAAGUCAGUCAAGUCAGUCAAGUCAGUCAAGUCAGUCAAGUCAGUCAAGUCAGUCAAGUCAGUCAAGUCAGUCAAGUCAGUCAAGUCAGUCAAGUCAGUCAAGUCAGUCAAGUCAGUCAAGUCAGUCAAGUCAGUCAAGACAGUCAAGUCAGUCAAGUCAGUCAAGUCAGUCAAGUCAGUCAAGUCAGUCAAGUCAGUCAAGUCAGUCAAGUCAGUCAAGUCAGUCAAGUCAGUCAAGUCAGUCAAGUCCGCCAAGUCAGCAAAGUCAGUCAAGUUAGUCAAGUCAGUCAAAUCAGCCAAGUCAGUCAAGUCAGUCAAGUCAGCCAAGUCAGCCAAGUCAGUCAAGUCAGUCAAGCCAGUCAAGCCAGUCAAGUCAGUCAAGUCAGUCAAGUCAGUCAAGUCAGUCAAGUCAGUCAAGUCAGUCAAGUCAGUCAGUCAGUCAUCAACGAAAGUAUUAAAGUAGCGCUUUGGUUUCUGAAAGAUAGACUUGACUGA